AUAUGAGCACAGAAAAUCAAACAUGUCCAACAACAACAACAUGGCCUUAGCCACAUUCUUCAUCGUCCUAUCUCUCUUCCUCACCACUACUUCUUCUUCUUCUUCAUCAACCAAACCAGACGCAGAACCAGUCCCAACGCCAUGGCCGCUUCAGUUUCACGCUAUCCUCUUCAUGAACCGGAGUGGAAACCUCCAGCACACCGAUCUCUGGUACGAUUGGACCAACGGCCGCAAUUUCAACAUUAUCCAGAAUCAAUUGGGCAAACUAACCUACGACCUUGAAUGGAACAACGGAACAUCCUUCUACUAUACAUUGGAUAAGAACAAGGAAUGCACUGUUCGACAUUUUGAUGUCGGAAUUCUCAGGCCAAAUUGGCUCGACGGCGCCAAUUACCUCGGACAGAAAUACAUUGAUGGCUUCCUAUGCAAUGUUUGGGAGAAGGUCAAUUUCAUUUGGUACUAUGAAGAUGUAGCCACUAACAGACCUGUCUACUGGAUGUUCUUCAGCGGAUUUAGUGGGCAUGUGAUGACAUUUGAGGUUGGAAAAGUUCUUGAAGAUGCUGAAUGGCAAGCUCCCGUUUACUGCUUUAAUGAAGAUAACAAAGAAAAGCACAUCUCUAGCAUAAUCAAACCAGCUGAUGAUGAUGAUGAUCUUCUAAUGAGAGAUUUUAUCAACACCAGCUCCAUGCAACUUUGAUUUUUUACUUUCGAAAACUUGUUUCAUUUCCUCAAAAUGACUAGUUCAUUUUAUCCAAGGUAAGAAAAUAUACAAUUAUCAGAAAAUUGAUUUCUUGAUUACA